AUGGCUUCCAUAGGUCCAUUGAGUAUAGAUAGUAUAUUUCCUCGAUGCAUAAAAGAAUAUAAGGAUGUUGAAAGAGAAAAUUCAGUUUAUUUCAUAAAUUCAUUUAAUAAUGUAUGCAAUAAAAUUAUAAAAGAAUUAUUACAUGACAAUACUGAUUAUAAAAGUGUUUGCAUUUUCCUUAGCAACUACUUAAAACAUAUACAAAGUAAAUCAGCAGUAGAUAGAAUACCGUAUUGUAAAUAUUUUAAUUUC